AUGUUAGGUUUGGUUGAAACUAAGAGGCAGGUUUUUACUAAAUUUGAUGUUGCAAGAAUCUGGGGUUAUAGUUCUGUGGGAUGGGAGUAUGUGGAGUCGGCAGGGGCCUCGGUGUUCAAAGCCAACAACUGUUAUAAAGGGGAGAGAUGGUUGUGCGUUGAGGGAGUGAUGAUGAAGAACAAUUUUAAUUGUGCUUUUUGUUUGGUGUAUGGGGCGCAUGAGAGGGACGCGAAACGAGUUGUAUGGGAGGAGUUGAGUUAUGUUGCGAGUCUGUGUCAUGUGCCUUUCUGCUUCUUCGGGGACUUCAAUGAGAUUCUACAUAUCGAAGAGCGCAAAGGAGCUAGUAGUUUACCGAUGUCAGCAGAAGAGUUUAGAGAUUGGGAAGUUCACUUGGUUCAGGGGUCGGUCUGCAGUCAGAUUGAUAGGGUCUUGGUUAAUAUCGAGUGGGUUGAGGAAUUGCCUGAUGUUCGACUAAAAGGUGGGCCUAGAGGGUUGUCUGACCACUGUCCGUUGAUUGUGGAGGAUAAGAGAAUUGAUGCUGGACCCCGACCUUUCAGAAGUCUGGAUUCCUGGUUUACGCAUGAGGGUUUCCUGAGCAUGGUUAAAAGUGAAUGGAGAAAUUUGGGAGAUGCUCAGUUCACUAGUAAGUUGAAGGCUUUGACGGGUCCUCUACGAUUAUGGCACAAGAAAAAUUUCGGGGACAUGGAUAAGAGACUGAAGACGUUAGAGGAGGAGAUUUAG